AUGCGUGACCAGCAUGAAGGCGAAAAUAUACUGUUAAUAACGCCAUACCUACACAUUGGCAAACGCACUCUACACUACAAUCAUAUAUUCACCUCCUCAGGUUACUCUCUAGGGCUCUCCAGUCUCCACUGCUAUCACGGGUGGCAAAGUUACUAUCAGAACCUUAUCAGUUAUCUGAGCAGGCCCAAAUCACUGCUCACAGCUCUCAAGCUAACUCUGCCCACGGCAAAGCACCACGGCAUGUUUUCCGAAUACGCAUCGAAAUUACUGACACAAAGCCAGGUCAAGUUUGGAAAAGACUCAAAUGUGCCGCUAUUCCACUCGGCCGUCGAAGAGGCCGAAUCCAGCAAUCACAACGGCCACACCAACCACAACAAUAACAACCACAGAGGCAUCUACUCGCCGCGCCGACUAUGGGAACACAUGGAGGACGACGAGGAGGCGUCCAACGCGAUUAACGCAUCCUGGAACUCCAACUCGGGUAGUGACAGCGAGACAGAAGGACCCAGCAACAGCUUUCUGAGAGCCGUAGAGGAGCCAGGCAAGUCACACAAACAGCCCAAGGAGAGUUUUUUCCCUGUGGACUUUCUAGACCGAGAAGACGGACAACCUGAGGAGGUUGGCAAGCAGCUCGAAGACUCAGAACAGAGUAUUGAAGGCGAACAUUUCUUUCCUGCAUCAACAUCAGCAGCGGCAGCAGCAGCAGGUGUGCCUGUGGAUCCCGAACACGGGCUGAAUGAAGAUUCCAUGGCUUCCAGUAUACCCCCUGAGUUGGCGCCUCCAACCUCAGUAUCGGAUACCAUAAAAUAUGACCAGGUAUGGGGAGGAGUGUACCUGUUCAUGUUGGCAGCGACGAUCGCAACGUAUCUUUUGGCGCUAUUGCGAGGUGUUGAUGGAGGAGCUCCGACUGGAUCUCCGUCUCUAACAUUUCUACCACUGACAGUACUAGCUCAUUACACGGUGUUUGCAGUCGCAAUCUCCUUGGUCUGGCUGCUGCUCCUACGAAAGUACUCUUCAGUAAUGUUCUACUUUCUGGCUGCAGCCUUUCCGGUGGCUGUAUGGACAGCUGCGCUCGUGACUCUCUUUUCGGGAGGGUAUUCAUGGUGGGUGACUUUGGGACUCAUGAUCACGGGAUCCAUGUGGCCUCUAGCAUUCUGGAAGCACAAGGAUUACGUGUCGCGUGCAGUCGGGAUAAUUCAGCUCUCUUGUCGAAUCCUCAGUGCUAACCACGUGCUUGUAUUCUUGUCCUUUGCCUUCAUGACCCUGUUUGUGCUCAUCUCGGCCAUCUGUGUCACAGCCAUCGGCCAAGUCAUGUAUGGUAAGAACAUGCUUGUGAGCGCCUUGGGCAUCUUCAUGUACAUGUGGACCUGGGGUAUUCUGAACGGCACUCAGAGAGCAACCAUUUCUGCCACUGUCAGUCAGUGGUACUUUUACCGUCAUCUCUUCCCGCACACUAGCUCGCGCCAGGUCUUGGCUGCAGCUCUUGGAUAUGCUCUCACGACUCAGUUUGGCAGCAUCAGUCUGAGCUCCUUGUUGCAUCUUACAUUUCGCAUUCCGGUGCUGCUACUGUCACGGGUAGUUUCUCUCAGUGGUACCGUGACAUCGGUGGUCGCGCCAUGGCCACUUCGAAUGGUUCUAAACGUUGUGUCACCGGCAUUGUACAUUCUAGCAACCCCCUCCGGGGUGCUCUCUAUGAGCCCUCUGACUCUGACACUGGCUGUUAUCAACUCUCAAAACCUAAAGUCGUCUUCUCUGACUGUUCAAAACUUGCAUUUCCGUCUCCCUGCAGCAGCAUGGCGAGUGCACAAGCUUGCGAAGCUUCUGCUGGUGGUAGUACGGGUUCUGACAGCUCUGUUGUUUGCUGCCACCACUUGGGUUCGGGGACAUCUUCUUUGGGAAGUGGUUCUCGCCUCAUUCACGGGUUGGUUUGUGCUUGGCAGUACCGAAGGUCUUCUCAGUAUGAUUGUCGACUCCAUCUUUGUCUGCUUUGCGCUUGAUUCGGCCGCCCAAGGUGGACACUGUACGGAGGCCGACGUCCACUUCAACGGCGCCCAUGAAUACUAG